GUAGGAGCCAGCCUUUGUGGUUGAAAAUCAUUGGUAGUUUCUCAACUCUAUCUUUUUUUCUGUGUGAUAAUUGUCACUCACAAAAAUUAACUUGUGACUUUUUCUCUCUGAAUUAUUAUUUCUUCUCUCUCGCUGCAGCAAUGGGAAGUUGUUUAUCGGUCUCCAUGCCAUGUGAUCAAGUUGUGAAUCAAGUCUCUCAAUGUUUAUCCGACAAAGGAAGUUACAUCUACGACCUUUCCAUGAAUCUAGCGGCUCUGGAGAAAGACAUGGAAGUCCUCAAGGCAAAGCGUGAUGAUGUGCAAGGAAGGGUGAACAGAGAAGAGUUUACAGGAUGUCGUCAAAGACUUGCUGAAGUCCAGGUAUGGCUUAAGAAUGUCCUCGACAUAGAAGAUGAAUUUAAAGAUCUAUUUAGUACUAGUACCGUUGAACUCCAAAGGUUGUGUUGCUGUGGAUUAUGCUCCAAAAAUGUGGAAAUGAGCUACAGUUAUGGCAAAAGAGUAAUCCGGAUGUUGAAAAUAGUUAAGAGUACCAGUUCUGAAGGAAAAUUUGAUGUGGUGACUGAGAAAGUUCAAGUAACUGAGGUUGAAGAGAUGCCUAUUCAACCCACAAUUGUUGGUCAUGAGGCAUUGCUUGAGAGGGUAUGGAACCGUCUAAUGGACGAUGGAGUUGGGGUUUUGGGUUUGUAUGGUAUGGGUGGAGUUGGCAAAACCACUAUUCUUGCGCAGAUCAACAAUAAGUUUACUAAAGCAAGGGGCAGCUUUCAUGUUGUGAUAUGGGUUGUGGUGUCAAAGAAUUUAGACAUUCAUAACGUUCAAGAAGACAUAGCAAAAAAACUAGGACUUUGGAAUGAGGAGUGGGAUAAGAAGAACGAGAACCGUAGAGCCCUUGACAUACACAACGUUCUCAAGAGACGGAAGUUUGUGUUGUUCUUGGAUGAUAUAUGGGCGAAAGUGAAUUUGCCGACCAUUGGAGUCCCUUAUCCGGAUGUAGUAAAUGGAUGCAAAGUAGCUUUCACCACUCGCUCUAGAGACGUGUGUGGACGCAUGGAGGUUGAUGAACUGAUGGAAGUCAGUUGUCUAGGCCCCGACAAAGCAUGGGAGUUGUUCCAAAAGAAAGUUGGAGAAAGCACAUUGAAAAUCCAUGCAGACAUUCCUGAUCUCGCUAGACAAGUCGCUGGAAAAUGUUCUGGCUUACCACUGGCGCUCAACGUAAUCGGGGAAACUAUGUCAUGCAAAAGUACGGUACAAGAAUGGCGACGUGCAGUGGACGUUUUGACUUUAUCGGCUGCAGAUUUUUCAGGCAUGAAAGAUGAAAUCCUUUCUGUUCUCAAGUAUAGCUAUGACAGUUUAAAUGGAGAGGUGGUGAAAUCAUGUUUUCUUUAUUGCUCUCUAUUUCCUGAAGAUUAUCUUAUAGAUAAAGAGAGACUGGUGGAUUAUUGGAUAUGUGAGGGAUUCAUAGAUGAAAGCCAAAGUAGAGAAAGGGCUAUAAACCAAGUAUAUGAGAUACUUGGCACCCUUGUCCGCGCAUGUUUAUUGGUCGAAGGAGAAAUGAAUAAUAUAUCAUAUGUGACUAUGCAUGAUGUGGUUCGUGACAUGGCUCUAUGGAUCGCAUCUGAUCUUGGAAAGGAUAAGGAGAUAUACAUUGUGCAAGCCGGUGUUGAUUUACGCAAUAUGCCAGAUGUCAAGAAUUGGAAGGGUGUUAAAAAGAUGUCACUGAUGCGUAACAAUAUUGAAAGGAUAUGUGGCAGCCAUGAGUGCGCUCAACUUACAACUUUGUUCCUUCAGAACAACCAAUCACUGGUACAUGUUUCCAGUGACUUCUUCAAGUAUGUUCCAGCGCUAGUUGUGUUGGAUCUGUCAGGCAAUUUAGGCCUUUCUGAGUUACCACAGCUUCAGUUGAUAUCGUUGCGGUAUCUUGAUUUGUCACGAACAAGCUUGGAGCAAUUUCAUGUUGGGUCACAAGAGUUGACAAAGCUAAUCCACUUGAAUCUCGAGUCCACACGGAAGCUUAAGAGCAUUUCAGGGAUAGCAAAUUUGUCAAGUUUGAGGUCACUUGGACUAGAAGGAUCCAACAAGACGCUAGACGUGAGCUUACUGAAAGAGCUGCAACUUGUGGAGUAUCUAGAAAAUUUAACCAUUGAGGUCAGUUCAGGGAUGGUUUUGGAGCAAUUGUUAAGCUGUCACGUGUUGGUAAAAUGCAUUCAAAAGAUGGGAUUAAAUAACCUUGGAGAAUCAACGAGAAUAUUGACUUUGCCAACUAUGUGUGUUCUACGUAGGCUCAACGUAUCAGGAUGCAGAAUGGGGGAAAUACAGAUUGAGAGGACAACUCCAAGUUUCCAAAACCUCUCCCGAAUCGAUAUAUGUGUUUGCUAUCGUCUAAAGGAUUUGACGUGGCUGGUGUUUGCUCCAAACCUUGUUGAUCUUAGAGUUAAAUACUCAAAUCAAUUGGAAGAGAUUAUAAACGAGGAAGUAGCUGCAAGGGUUGCAGGAGGACGUGUUCCUUUUCAAAAACUAAGAAGCCUCAACUUAUCUCAUUCACCUAUGUUAAAGAGCAUAUACUGGAGUCCUCUAUCUUUUCCAUGUUUAAGCAAAAUCAGCAUUGCAGGUUGUCCAAUGCUGAGACAGCUUCCACUGGAUUCUGAUAGUGUCGUCAGGUUUGAAGUAUUUUCAAUAGAAUACAGAGAGGAAGAGUGGAUCAAAGAGGUUGAUUGGAAAGACGAAGCUACUCAACUGCGUUUCUUGCCUUUCUGUAAGCUUGGCCCUGACCCGACAGUAACUCCAAAUAAAUAUAAUAGCCAGACUCGUUCGAUAAACAGUGUAGUUGGUGUAAGGCAUCAGCCAGUUAAUCAUUAUUCUUAAAAGUGGUCAGUGGACAUACGUUCGUUGUUUUCAA